GACUGCCACCAUUCCCAAAGGAGUUCUCACACCGGUGUCAGGAGCUUCAGAAGGAUAAGGAGGAUAACUUGGUCGAUCAGAAGGGAACAAACUUCUUCCUUCCAAAUGGCGCAUUGAUACCUUGGGAUUCUAGUAGUCGGCCGAUACGACAUGUUGUGGCCUCCUUUCAGCCCUCAAGGGCUACGUCUAGUCAGGCGGCACUGGACGCCUCUCCGAGUUUCAAGGUGGGGUGUGGUUCGCUUCAGCCCUGGUAUCCCCCGGCUGUAUCUUCGCAGACGUUUGCGGGAGCAUAUGAGUCCGACCCGGCUGUUUGGAAGAGACAUGAGGUUUCUAAGCCUUACAAGGCUCCUGCGACUCCUCCAGCAUCAGCUCGGUGGGUACCAAAGAAAGCAUCGCCAGCUCCCGCAUCUUCCGAACCCCUCUCCGACAUGGAGCCCGAGAUGGAGCUGUUUGAUCGGACAGAAAGUACUCCUGAGCCUGAGGCGUCAGGAUCUCAAGAGCCUAGUCAAGCAGCACAGCAGCCGAAGCCAAGCGGCUCUCAACAAAAAGUUCGUUUUGAGCGCGGCGUGUCUCGUGAGCAUCCGGAUGCUGCUGAAAGUGUCCUCAAGAAAAUAUCGGAUUUGUCAGUACCUGGCGUUACGGUGUCAGAAUUGAUGGCAAUCUCACCCACGGUUGCGGAGGGAAUGAAGAAAUGGGUUUCUCGACGUUGUGUGGAGAUUGGCUCUGAGGAGCUGAAGGUCCAUUCUGGAACGCUUGUUGAAGGGAAGGAAGCAGCUGAUUUGGGAAUCGACCCAAAAUUGUACUUGUGUCCGUUGGGAUAUCUCUCGUGCUUCAUAGGCGAAGAUGAGACGCUGGCAGCACCCUUGGUAGACUCUGGGUCUCAAUUGAAUUUAAUUUCUGAUUCUCUGGCAAUCAAGUUCAAUCUUAGUCCACGCGUGAAUUUCACCUCAGCUGUAUACGGCAUCAACAACCAGGCAUGCGAGUUGAUGGGGGUGGCUGAGGAUGUGCCAAUCCGCAUAGGUAAAACAAUCAUACAGAGCUGUCACUUUUGGAUCACAAGAAACGAUGGCCCUUUAAUCCUGGGUCGGCCUUUCUUGAUGGACAUUGGAGCAACACUAGCGUAUUCGUCACAAUCAGGCAAGAAGCUCAUUAUCCCGGAUGCGGCAGGACGUAACAUUGAGGUUUCCUUGUGUUCGACAGAGACGGGAAGAUGGGAGCGAGAUUUUCCAGGCCAGGGUCGCAGGGCAGUCUUGACUCACAUGGGAAGGAUUACGGACGAUUCUCAAGAGGACCGUCCUUUUUUAUGA